AUGGCACAGUCGGCCGUGAGCAGCACCAUUCACGAGGUGACGGAGGCCAUCAUUUCCGUGUCUGCCCGGAGAAAGUUGGUGGACUUUCCUUUCGCACCGUCUGCCAAGGAUGAGGCAAAGGCGGUGUUUGCGCGACGCGGCGCCAUUCCAGGCGUGCUAGCGUGCGUCGACGGCACGUUGAUCGCCAUCAUGAAGCCAGAGGGACUCAGCCCGGCCGACACGGCGAGCUUCAUGUCGAGAAAGGAUUAUUACGCCCUAAACGCCAUGGUCGUGUGCAACGUGGAACUUCGCAUUCUUGUCGUGGAGCCCCGGUUCCCUGGUUCGUGCCAUGACUCUUGGGUGUGGCAGCAUAACCUACUGCGUGCACGCCUAGCGGCACAACUGCAGCCUGGCGAGUAUCUGCUUGUACCUGGCAGCCAUGCCGGCACCACCUCUGAAGGCCACUACAAUCAGGAGCACGCAUCCUUGCGCAAUGUCGUGGAGAGAUGUAUCGGGGUGUUGAAAAGCAAGUUCUGCUGCUUGCAGCGCUUUCGGACACUGCUAUACAGCCCCGAUAGAGCAGCGCGAAUCAUUUAUGCAUGCGUUGCUCUCCAUAACAUUGCCUUGGACGCGGGCGACUGGACAUUGGACGAUUAUGGUGGGGAAGUGCCACCAGCUGAGGAGCCAGAGGAGCCAGGAGACAUCCAGGUGGUGGCGCCACACAACGUGUUCCUCAGAGGAAUGCAGCAGGCAGCGCCGUUGUAA